AGUAUCUGGAAAGUUCGCGCCAGAGAAAAGGUGCAGGGCGAUUAAAUCUGUUUAACUUUUUUUUAUAGACAUUUUAUAUAGAGUUCUUUUCUAAAGCGCUAGGAUUCUUAGUAUAUUUUUCUUCUCUGGGUAGAAAUGGAAAGUUUGAAACUUUUGAUGUUAGUGGUGGUGCUUUUUGCGCAAGUCUACUGCGCUGAAGAAACGUCGCCGAGUCACGAGCAAGAGAAUUGGCUGGCAGAUAACUGGCAGGAAGAACAACCGGAAAAUAACCUUGCACAACAAGUUGCAGAACUUAUUAAGAGGUCAAAAUAUCACCAGUUCUACGGACUUAUGGGGAGACGCUCAGGUGCUCCACAGACUGUGCCAAUGGGUUACAAAAGACAUAAAGGAGAGAUGUUUGUAGGUCUGAUGGGCAGGAGAUCGUCCAGUGGAGAAUUAUCAGACCAAUGGGACAGACCUCAAUAUUAUGCGAGAAGACGCAAAUAGAUUCUAAAUAUCAUUUAAACAAACCUCUCCUUGUCUGCCUCCUCUUCCUCCCUCUUUGUUCUUCAUAGCUAGUAGGCCAAUCUUUACAAAGCAUAAAUUAACACCAGUAGGCUUGAAAAACCUGUCUGAAACAUCAAACAAACCUUUACUGAAACAUAAACUCAGAAAGAAAUGCACACUGUAACUGAGCAUUUAAUCACUGGCUUCAUCAGCCACCCAAAAUCAGACAACUGCUUUAGGAAAUAUAGGGUGACCCAGCAGUAAGCUAUAGAUGAUGCAUUUAGCUUUGAAUGAUUGAUCUUUGGUUAAACCUUGCUAAUUUUCUUCCCUGAUAUAGGUGAAACAGGACAUUUAUUGAGAAUAGGAGUUGGAACAUAGUAAUACCUAUGAUGAAUUCAAGUAAUCCAGCCACAUGUCUAUCUAAACUAGAACAUCUAACUAAUCUAAUACCACCAUUCAGUUUUAAUCAGUACAUCGACAUUUUUAAGGAGUCUUUAUUUUAUGUGUUUUUUUUUUUAUUAUUUUUAUAAAGGUUAAAUCAGGAAAAAAAUUAACUUAGGCUAAUAAAACCUCUUAAAAGGUCUCACAAAUGACACAAUCAAUUAAUUAUUUAUUCAAAAUGGGUUUUUGACUCCAGGGCAGGGCGACUGUAACCAGGUCUGUACUGAAAUUCUGACAAGCUAUUGGGCAACCCCUUUGCUCUUCUUCAAAACAGUACCACAUGAUUUAAAAUGCACCAAAUCAGAAUCUUACACCUGCAUUCAUAAUAUAUUAUUUUUGCAGUAUUUUAUUGGUCAUUUCUAAAUGUAGAACCAACAUUGAGACACAUUAUAUGUAUCUAUGUUGUUUGCUUUCAAGUGAUUUUGCAUUUUAAAUAAAUUUAUUAAGCUAACUUGCCCUUUUUGCUUCCCUGCUAUGCCUUUAGAAUGUAAAAAAAAAUACAUAUCGGCUUUUAUUUUGAAUCCAGUUUGAAUGCAAGCAAAACCUUAGUAUUCUGAAUAAAUGUUUUUAGAAUCCUUUAAAUUUCAAAUUGGGAAUGGCGGCAUUUAGCACUAGCCAGGGCAGGGAGUUGUUUAAAAAAAAAAAAAAAAAAAAAGGACUUUGUUGUCCAUUGGUUUGUAAACAAUGGACUCAAUUUUCCCUUCAAUGCAAAAGAAAUACAGUGACUAAGAUGAGCUAGAAUAGCUUUGACUACCGCAUGUACUUCAAUGCCAUUAAAUGAGCAUAUGAUGAUAUUACACCACAUAUUUAAGUAAAGGUCAAGGGUGUUUCUGAAGGAUAACCUUUUUGAUCUCCCUAUAUAUAUAUAUAUAUAUAUAUAUAUAUAUAUAUAUAUAUAUAUAUAUAUAUAUAUAUAUAUAUAUAUAUAUAUAUAUAUAUAAAUAUAUAUAAAAUACACACACACUUGUGUCUUAAUGUAUUUCCUGUGUUUGUGCUACCCUUGUUGAGGAGAAUGGAUACCAACCAAACUUUUAUUUCUUUGUAACUACACAAAUAGUAGCGUCUUUACAAUUACUUUAUAAGAUAUACUUGAAAGUAGAUGUUGCUUUGAAUUAAACAAA